ACAAUGAGAGGUUACCAAAAAACGAAAUGUUUUCCUGGAGACCCCAGUCAUACAGAACACUCAAGCUUACUUUCCUCCUCUUCACAAGAUAUGACUUCUGACUCUUCAAAGGUACCCUCUCCAGUGGGCCUGUACCAAGGAUUUGGAUACACCAUUAUGUCACACAGCUCAAUUUCAAUCUUGAAUGACAUCCCAGAAGAGCAACAGAAGCUUCUGAAUUCAGAACAAGAUGUAACGAUUAACAUCCCAGAAGAACAACAAAAACUUCUUGACAUAGGCAAAGAUGUCAUGAUUGACAUCCCAGAAGAACAACAAAAACUUCUUGACACAGGCAAAAAUGUCAUGAUUGACAUCCCAGAACAGGAGAAGGAGAUUCCUGGGAAUAGCCAAUAUCAAGACCAUGUACAAACAGUUACUUCACAGGCUUCCACAGAUACAUCUGAAGAUAGUAUGAGUGACAUCUCGGAAUCACAGCAGGAGACUUCUAAUUCAUUUAUGGAUUCUUACAGCUGACAUAUCCUCCUUUUGUUAGAUAUGUAAAAACCAGAUAUAAUAUACACAUAUAACACUAAUAAUGCACAUGUUAACAUACAUAUAUUUGUAUAUGUUUUAUAGAUCACAAAUAAUGUUUAAAUUUCCUAGGCUUUGGCUUUCUUAAACUGUUAGGAUAUCAUAUAUUCAAAAAGUAGGUAACAACUUUAGCAAAAGGCUCUUGAAUUUAUCAAACAGACAAACAAAAAAGAAAAAAAAAAAUCAAAGCUUCAUACCACUGCAUGAAUGUNAUGUUCUGGACUGAAAAUUUAAAUUUAAAUCCUAAUCAUGUGCCAUUUACCUUUACAUAAUUAUACUGUAU